CAGAGUAAUCCAAAACUUGCAAGAAGUCUCAUCACACUCUCCAAAUAGUCGGUACCUUGAUUACACGUAGAAUUGCCAAUCUCGCCGGGCCGGAACCUUUUCCUGGAAACCGGCCAGCUCUUCUGUGACCACAACGACUGCAAGAUGAAGCUACAUUUUGAGAUGGAGAUGGAGCAAGAGUUGGAAUGGCUUGAAGCACAAAAGAUGGCUACAAGUCUGGACCUUUUGGCUGCAGCCAAGCGGCAGCUUCAAUUCCUUGCAGCUGUUGAUAAGAAUCGUUGGCUUUAUGAAGGCCCUACUCUUGAAUGUGCCAUCUACAGAUACAAUGCUUGUUGGCUUCCGUUGCUUGCCAAACACUCAGAGUCACCGGUUUUUGAAGGGCCACUGGUCGUGCCUCUUGAUUGUGAAUGGGUUUGGCAUUGCCACAGGCUGAAUCCAGUAAGAUACAAAAAUGACUCUGAGGAGCUUUUUGGAAGGAUCUUGGACAAUUCUAAUGUUGUAUCUUCUGUUCAAGGAGGAAUUUGUAUAAAGCAAACUCAAGAAAUUUGGAAUAAGUUAUAUCCAGAUGAACCUUAUAACUUUGACUUGACCAGAGCUUUGUCCACAACUACCAAUGAGAAGUUCUUGGCAGUUGAAAAAUACACCAAUUAUGAUUUGGUUUCAGCAGUUAAAAGGCAGAGUCCUUUCUAUUAUCAGGUGUGCAGACCUCAUUUCAACAAUGAUAUUUUUCUUGAUGAAGCUGUGGCCAGAUAUAAGGGGUUUCUGUAUCUAAUUAAGAGAAAUGGGGAACAGUCCAUAAAACGCUUUUGUGUUCCAACUUAUGACAUUGAUCUUAUUUGGCACACACACCAGUUGCAUCCAAUUUUUUACUGUAAAGAUUUGAGUGAAGCACUUGGCAAGAUAUUGGAACAUGACGACAUGGAUCCAGACAGGACUAAAGGAAAGAAGUUGGACAUUGGAUUUUCUGGAACUACCAAGCAGUGGGAAGAGACAUUUGGCACAAGGUAUUGGAAGGCAGGUGCAAUGUAUAGUGGCAGAGCACCAUCUCCUCUCACAACAAUUCCAUUCCUGCCAAAUCUCUUGAGAAAAGAUGUGUUAGCAUCAAAUGAAUGUCAAAAGAUGAUUCAACUUCCAGAGGUGAAGAUUGUUGAGGUCCUUUUGGAGUUUGUGAGUGUUAAAAACUUACCAGAGGGGCACAAGGGAUGCCUCUUUGUCAGAUUUAGUAAGAAGCAGCCGGAUGUAUUCUUCAAUGCUAAGCAGAAACUAACUAUUCUAUCAGAAUCUGAAGAAAAACAAGUUGCUUCUUUCCAGUGUGAACCUAAGGGAGAGCUGAUCUUUGAACUUAUUUCACACUCACCUUCCAACUUACUAGUAAAAAACGCAUUUAAAACAAUGGGUACUGCUUCAUUAUCUUUGCAAGACUUUGUGAAUCCAAUUUCUAAACUUAGUAUUGAAAAAAGGGUCGAAUUACUGCCAAGUUCAGGCAAUUUGAGUUCAAAGCCAAUCUGCCUGCAAAUUGCAGUCUCAUUCACUGUUCCCAUCCAAGCACCAUAUGUUCUGCACAUGGUUCAUUCACAAUCACUCUCAAAAAGUUCUUGUCUUUUCCCUUUUCCUGUUCAACAUGCUAAAAUCUGGACACACAUCAAUGAUGAAUAUGGUAGUGAGAUCAUCAGCCUGCAAAUGAGGGAUUCAGCAAAGGGAAAGACAACAGAAAAGAGCAUUCUCAAGAAGCAAGUAGUUGGUGCUAUGAAAUCGGGUGAGACACGUGCACUUGCAGAAUUUAUGAGGACUCAUUGGUCUUUAAUGGAUUCUCAGUGGUGCCUUAAAUUUAAAACAAAAUCUGAUGAAGAUGGUCAUUUUUGUGAGCUCAUUGGCAGUAGGAUGAUCAAAAUUUUUCAUGGCAGAAAGCUGGAUUUUGAGCCCAAACACUGUGAGAAGCAGAGAAACAAACAGGAUUUUUUGACUGCAGUUGAAUUUUCUGCAGAGGAUCCUUAUGGCAAAGCAGUGGCUUUGCUUGACUUUAAGUCUGCCACUCUUAUGGUAAAAGAAGAAUGGUUGGUGCUGCCUGCAAUCGUUUCAUCGUUUAUACUUGCUGAUAUUUUGAAGAAUAAACGGUAUGGAGACUUCAUUAUUAAAGGAGAAAAUUUGGAGAAGUUGGAUGGUAACGUGGAAAAGGUCAGUAGGUUCCACGAGGAAGCCAAACAAAUCAAACAGACUACUUCUGUAGAAAGUAAACUGGAGUUGAAUGGUAAUGCAAUAAAGAGUGGAGGCUGUGGUAGCGGUUGUGGUGGUGGAUGCAGGAACAUGGUAAAAAGCGGAGGCUGUGGUGGCAGUUGUGGUGGUGUAUGUGGAAACGUGGCGAAAAGCGGAGGCUGUGGUGGCAGUUGUGGUGGUGGAUGUGCAAAUGUGGUAAAAAGUGGAGGCUGUGGUGGCAGUUGUGGUGGUGGUGGAUGUGGAAACGUGAUCAAUAAUGAUGGCAAUGGGCUUGGAGGUAUGGUGGAGAGUGCCGAUUGUGGUGGCUGUGGAGCCAGUUGUGUAGAUAAAACAUCAAAUGAAACCAAUAUUGGUAACUCCCACAUUGAUUCUUCCCCCAUAGAAUCACCCACCUAUGCAACUGAAGCAAUAGUUUGAUCAUAUGAAACUCAUAAAUGCAUGCAAUUACUAAAGCAUUCUUAAAUAAGGUUCAUUAGAAAAUGAAUAAGAUUCUCAUCAUGAAGUGUGAUGAAGGAAUAAGGUUUGGUUACUGUGGUAUGUAUCUCUACAUACGGUGUCUAUUACACAAAGUUCUUUACUUCUGCAAUUCAUGUAUCCAACAGUUACUUGUUUACUUAUGUUCUGUUUCUGUGUCCUCUAAACUUGGCGAUUGGCAUAUUUCUGUUUUCUGUAUUCGAAUGAAUUUGUCAUGAAAGCGUGUGAUA